UACCGAAAACCGUAAUGGGAGGACAGACGGAGAUGUGUGCAACAGACCCUACUGUCACUUCAGGCACAGCAAACUCAGACGGGCGUCUUGUAGCGCAAACAGUAACCGGAAAUCCAAAGAGUCUUGCUCGAAACAAAAUGAGCUAGCCUAUGACCCCUGCAACCCGGAGGUGGUGAGACCGGGAGAGACGAGGAAUGGGGAACCCGCGUCAGACGUGUCGAACCCGGCUCCGUUGGACCAGGGCGCCCUGGAGCUGGAGCGGGUCAACAGGGCCAUCGAGGCCGUGCGCAACGAGGUGGAGCGAGAGCAGAAGAGGCUGUCGCGCAUCGGGGACCAAGAGUACGACCCCACCGCCAGCGCCGUCGCCAAGAGGCCCAAGCUGCCCACCGCCGUGCCCCCCCAGGAGUACAACCCCACCACCAGCGCCGUCGCCAAGAGGCCCAAGCUGCCCGUCGCCGGCCCCCCAGGAGUACAACCCCACCACCAGCGCCGUCGCCAAGAGGCCCAAGCUGCCCGUCGCCGCGCCCCCACAGGAGUACGACCCCAGCGCCGUCGCCGUCACCAAGAGGCCCAAGCUGCCCGUCGCCACGUCCCCCCAGGAGUACGACCCCAGCGCCGUCGCCGUCACCAAGAGGCCCAAGCUGCCCGUCGCCACGUCCCCCCAGGAGUACGACCCCAGCACUGUCGCCAAGAGGCCCAAGCUGUCCGUCGUCGCGCCCCCCCAGGAGUACGACCCCAGCGCCGUCGCCGUCGCCAAGAGGCCCAAGCUGCCCGUCGCCACGUCCCCACUGGAGUACGACCCGGGGAGCUACCAGAUGUCCCAGCCCGCCGACUACAACCCCACCCCGCGCUCCAACAAGUACACCCUGGACUGCGACGGCCAGGGCCCGUCCGCCAGCUCCCUGGAGUACGUGCCCACCGCCGUCACCAAGACGACCGUCAAAAAGUCGGCCCCGCCCGCGCGGACUCCCCGUUCGCCCACUCCCCCCUCCAGCCCGCCGCCUGUCCCCGCCCCAAGUCCGUACCUCUCCUCCUCAUCCAGGCACAAGUACACGCUGGACAACUCCAAACCGUGCACCGACCUCGAGUACGACCCCCUUUCCAACUACUCGUCCCGGCCCGGGAGCAAGGGCUCCAAGGGUGCGGCGGCGGCGGCAGCGGGAAACGCCGGGGCGGGGGGCAGAAAGAGGCUGCUGUCCUCGGGCGCUGGGGGCAAGCAGACCGCGACCGAGGAAGGGUACGUGCCGACUUUCAAGAAGCCCAAACGGCAGGCGGGGGCGCCCGCGGCGGGCGACUCGCAGAAGUACACCGCCAGCUUCUCCGAGUCGGACGAGGAGAGCUCCGGGACGGAGUACCGGCCCACCUCCAUCAGCCGCCUGCAGCGGAAGAAGGCCGCCGCCGGGUUUGGGGACGGCGGUUUUCGGAAAGGAGGAGAGGGCGCGGCCGGCGCGGCGAAGGAGCGGCGGGCCUCGGAGAUCGGGGACGAGGAGGGUCGUUCGCGGGACGACUCGGGAGCCUCCGACGGUUCCGGACCCGGCUCGACGCUUGACGACCGGACCGCGGCUAAAAAAACCACGGCCCAGAGCGGCCUGAAGAAAGCGAGCGGCGAAGGGAAGGAACCUUCCAGAAAGAGCGGCGGUCACAAGGAGAAGGGAGGGGACGGGAAAAAGACGGACUCGUCCAAGAAGCCCGGCAAAGAGGAGACCAAGAAGCACGGCAAGACCGAGGGGAGGAAAACAGAGGAGAAGAACAGGGCGAAGGAGAAGAACAGGGCGGAGGAGAAGAACAGGGCGGAGGAGAAGGGCGUGGACAAGAACAGCAGCAAGGAGGCGAAGAAGGCGAGGAGCGACUCCAAGAAGGACUCUAAAGGCGGGAGGACGGAGAAGCGGAAAGGAGAUUCCGGAUCCGGGCAGAGGGAGAAGGGGGGAGGAGGCGGCAGUAGUUCCCUCAAGAAGGUCAAGUCUUCGGACAAGCGCGACGGGAAGGAGUCCGCCAAACCCAGGCCGCUGGAGAACGGGAAGCUGGAGAGCGGAGCGGGGGAGAAGGGCAAGAAGCGCCAGGACAGGCCCGAUGGUGGUAAGGACCGCCGGGGGAAGGGCGGCACCGGCGGCGCCGCUGAGGGCAAAGCCAAAAAGGUGGAGAAGAAGCAGAGGUCUCUGACUCACGUGGACCUGUUCGGGGAUGAGAGCGCGGAGGAGAAAGAGGAGGAGGAGGAGGAAGACGAUGAUGAUGAUGAUGAGGGGGAUGACGACAGGCAGGGGACGGUCGUGAGGAAGUCGGCGGCCGCUUUCCGCAGGGGAAACUUCGCGAAGAGCAGGAGGAAGGAGUUGACUCCGUCGUCCUCGGACGACAACGACGACGACGGCAACGGCGUCGCCCAUGACGACUACGGGGACGAUGCCGAUGCGGACUACAGUCACCUGCAGGUGGACCUGGACUACGAGGAAGACACCAUGGAGGAGUGCCUGCGCAUCUUCAACGAGUCCAAAGAUGUGAAGACCGAAGACAAGGGGAGGCAGGCCAAGCAGGCCCCUAAGGAGACGGAGGAGGACCCUGGCACAGAGAGCGCUUUGACCACACUCUUCCCUGGGCAGAAGAAGAGAGUCUCGCAUUUCAUGGCCAAAGGAAGUGCCGACGCCCCCCCGAAGCCGGUGGUGCGGCCGUACCGGCGCCCGACUGCGCAGGAGAUCUGCUACCAGCGCAUGCAGAUCGCGCAGCAGCAGGCUGCGCAGCUGGCCGCCGCGGUCCAGAAGAAGACCACCGCCGCUGUGACCACGCCCACUUCCAGCUUCCCCGGGGAGAGGAAGAGGGUGGCGCACCGCCCCACCCAAUCAGCUCCCGCCCUGAAAUCCGGUGGCGCCGACGCGACGCAGGCCGGCGGUCAGGUGACCCCACCCAGCCGCGCGGCCUCCUCCCAGCUGUCCGUCAAGGCGCACACGUUCACCGGGAUCCUCUCCAAGACCACGUCCACCACGGCGCAGAAGAGAGUGGCUCACAUGCCCACCAUGAAGAGCUCUACUAUGAAGCGGCCAAUCAUUCCCAGCGAAUUCGGCGCCAAGGUGCCCACUAUCGUGCGCCAGCGGUACCUCAACAUCUUCAUCGACGAGUGCCUCAAAUUCUGCCCCUCUGAGGAGGCCGCCUUCGAGACGGCCCUGCAGGAGGAGAAGGUGGUGUACGACCGCAGCAGCAGCAGGAACAUCUACCUGAACGUGGCGGUCAACACGCUGAAGAAGCUGCGCAGCAAGAGCGGUUCCAACGCCUCGCCUGCCGCCAAGAGCCCUGCGGUGAGCACCAGUAGGAAGGCCCAAUCACACGAGGAGGUACUUGGGGGGCGUCUAGCGGCCAAGACGAGCUUCACCAUCAACCGAGCGGGCAGGCAGAAGGAGGAGGAGCUCACCGGAGCCUGCUUGUACAGGAAGCUGAAGGAGUACGUGAUGACCGAGGAGCAGCUGCAGGAGCACAGCUACCCCCGACCGCACCCCGACCGCCCGGGGCGGGCUGUGGUCCACAACGUCCCGGAGAAGAAGAACUUCGACCCGUUCAACAAGGUGUGCUGUCGCUGCGGGGCCGAGUACAAGGUCUCGCCCAACGGGAACUGCGUGAGGAAGGAGGAGUGCAGCCAUCACUGGGGCCGCCUGCGUCGCUACAAAGUUUCAGGGGGCUGGGAGACUCAGUACAACUGCUGUUCUGGAGCAGUGGGUUCUCCGGGUUGCCAGGUUGCUAAGCAACACGUGCAGGACGGUCGUAAGGAGGCCCUGGACAGCUACGUGACGACCUUCGAAAAGCCCCUCCCCCUCGACGGAGACGCUGGCGUCUACGCCCUCGAUUGUGAAAUGUGCUACACAAAGCAGGGUCUGGAGCUGACCAGGGUGACGGUGAUCAACUCUGAGCUCAAGGUCAUUUACGACACCUUUGUCAAGCCUGAGAGCAAGGUGGUGGAUUACAACACGCGGUUCUCUGGCGUAACUGAGGAGGAUCUGGAGGGCGCUACCAUCACCCUGCGGGACGUGCAGGCCGUGCUGCUGAGCAUGUUCAGCGCAGACUCCAUCCUGAUUGGUCACAGCCUGGAGAGCGACCUCUUUGCACUAAAGCUCAUCCACAGCACAGUGGUGGACACGGCUAUCGUCUUCCCCCAUCGCCUGGGCCUCCCCUAUAAGAGAGCCCUGCGCAACCUUAUGGCCGACUACCUCAAACGCAUCAUACAGGACAACGUGGAGGGGCAUGACUCCAGUGAGGAUGCGAGCGCCUGCAUGCAGCUGAUGAUGUGGAAAAUCCGGGAAGACACCAAGGUCAAGAGAUGACCUCAGUGCCCCCUAAGCUCCGCCCCCCCUCCCACCUCUCCUCCUGUACCAGUGCAGAGAGACGGAAAGAGAGCGCAGUGUGGCCGAGCGAGGCCGGGAGGCGUGGCCUAGCGGGGCUGGGAGGCGUGGCCUGUCGGGCUCAGUCUGCCACGCCCUGCCACAGCACUUGAGUUUCACCCGAGUGGAACCAUGACGGUGACAUGGGGAGAGAGAGAUGGGCAGGGACUGAGAGAGAGGGAGGGAAUGAGUGAGAGGGUGAGAAAGCGAGGGGGAACGAGUGAGAGCGAGAGAGUAAGAGCGAGUGAGAGAGAAUGAGAGAGUGAGAGAAAUUGAGAGAGAGAGAGUGAGAGAAUGGGAGAGUGUGAGAGGGAACGAGUGAGAGGGUGAGAGAGAGUGUGAGAGAGGGAACGAAUAAGAGAGAGAGAGUGCGUGAGAGGGGGAGCGAGAGAGUGGAUGAGAGAGAAAAUGCGUCCCAUCAGGCUGCUGACCAAUCCCGGGCCGUUCCAGUACCGCCUGUGAUCCCAUUUGACCCAUGCCAUGUGACCUGGUGUGGCCAAUCACUGUAGGCUUCUGUUUAAGGAGGGCUUGGAUGAAAGAGUGCUUUUUCCGCUCUGUUUAUUAUUAGGAUUAUCAUCAUUAUUGUUAUCAUUUUUUUUUUAUCUUCAGCGUUGUUAUUGGUGCCUGUUUCUCUUAGUUUCUCAGCCAGCGUGGGUCUCUGUGAGUCAGAUGGGCUGUGGGCCGGUCUCAAAUGCACAGCCACAACAUGGCGAAACUAUGCCAGAGCAUUUCUGUUGUUUUGUUUGUAUGUUUGUCUGUUUGUUUGUUUAUUAAGACCCCUGUAUCCCUUUAGUGCGAGGGUCUCUCAACAGUAUUUUGGGUGUUACUACACUCUCUGAAGAAAGUGUUCCAAAAGGCUGCUCUGUGUCUCCAUAGAGGAACCCCCUGUCUAGCUCAAGGGUUCUUUGUCACGCAAGAUGGUCCAAUCUGGGAGCUUUUGCACUUUUCACAUCUACCAUAGAGGGUUCCCCUAUGGAGACAUGCCAAAGAACCCUUUUUUUCCCCCCCUAAGAGUUAAUACUCCUUUAAAUCACAUACUUUUCCGCCUGGUCUAGAUCAUGAUAGAAAGAGGUUCUACAGUAUUAUUUCCGCCUUCGCCAUAUAGAAAAACCCCAGCAGCUGUCACGGGUGCGACUUAUGUCUGGCAUUCCCCAUGAUUACGACUGCUGAUAAUUAUUUUCUCCCCGCAUUCUUACAGGUAUAAUUACCAUCUGUGUUCGACGGACACGGAUGAGAAUUCUUGGUUUUAAUCGGUUUAAUUAUGAUGAAAAGGGGUUCGGUAAUACAUAGACGUGUUGGUAUUGAGGAGUUGAGCAUCGGACAAGACUUGAACAGUCAUUAUUGUGGGUUUUUUCAGCGUUUUUCAUUGUGCCGUUCUCUGGAGGCCAGUGAAUGACGUCGAGCACCCAAUGUUAUGUCUGACGUCGCGUGCAGGGUAUUGCUGCUGAAUACUUGAUCGAAGUGUUUUACCCAUGUUGCACUAGGGAAAACCUCGCCGUCAUUGGGGAUGGGGUAUGACCGCCUCACUUGAAUAUACUUAAUAAGCCUGCAUUAAUUCCCAUGGCCCAAUGUACCGUAGCAUCUGAGGAGGCAUAUCGAAGUCUUUUUAUCUUUGUUUCAGUUUAGUAAAAACACUUGUAGGAGGAAACUCCGACCGACGUGUCGGUCUUGUUUGUUAGCAGCACUUGUCGAUCCUUCAUUCUAAUGGUUUAAUCACAUUAAGGCCUGUUAUCAGAAGUGCAGUGCUUUUUCUAGGCAGAAUAUAUUUGUUAGCUUACGCGCGAAGUGACACCGAAACUGUAGCAGAAUAUGCGGCCACAGACACGCGGGGGAUUCCUCUGAUGGCCUGUCUUACAGAGGUGAUAUUGCGGGUUUUUCAGCUGAACACUGCGGUGUGACUUGGAUCUGUACGGGGCGUUGGGGCGUUGCCUAGGUCCCGGUCUUCUACCGCUUAUCAGCGUCCCUCCGUCUCGUGAAUUGCACAGUAAUGAGUUGCCCUCAUUAUUAGUAGAGCAAGUCUAGUCCUUCAUUUUUACAGGUGCAGGCGACUCCUUCCUCCUACGAGUAACGACAUUUAUGCCGUUUCAUUUUGAUGUUCAAUAAAGGCAGGUGUAUGAUUUGUAUUUAAUAAAUGUUCCCGAGUAACCUGUAAAAUCCAUGUAAAAUAGUCACACUAAUGAUGACAAACGCUCACUAUGUAAAUAUGCUGUAAUAAGUUUUUUCUUUUUUGUAUGUUUUAUUUUCUCUUAUAUUUUUGUUUCGUUUUUCUAUUAAAAACGGAAAUGGAGAAUA